AUGAUUAAAGGUGACCCACAAGGUCUUUUGACCUCAUGGAACCAUUCCAGCACUGAUUUCUGCCAAUGGCAAGGCGUUACAUGCAGCCCUCGCCACCAAAGAGUCACCCACUUGAACCUCUCAUCUGGAGGCUUAAUUGGUACACUGUCUCCUUCCGUCGGAAAUCUAAGCUUUAUCAGGGUCAUUCAGCUCUCUCACAGCUCAUUUUCUGGUGAAAUUCCACCUGAAAUUGGGCGUCUCUUUAGAUUACGAGAAUUACACCUUCGUAACAACUCUUUCACGGGAAGCAUUCCGGACACCAUAACGAAUUGCUCCAACCUCCAACUCCUUAGCUUGGGUAACAAUAAUCUGGUCGGCAAGAUCCCCGAUGGGAUUGGUUCAUUGUCCAUGCUAAGUUUCGUCUCCCUUUACGGCAACAUUCUACAAGGCGGGGUUCCACCCUUCAUCGCAAAUCUUACAUUGCUUGAUACACUUUCUCUCAGCUACUGUCAACUUGGUGGAAGCUUUCCCAACUUAUUCCACAGGCUGACUAACCUGAGAAGACUUUCACUGGCUGGAAACAACCUUAUUGGUACCUUUCUACCUUCUCUUUAUAAUUGUUCAUCUUUAGAAGAAGUGUGGCUCUACCAUAAUAAACUCACUGGUAGAUUACCCAAAAAUCUAGGUUCAAUAAUGCCUCAUCUUGUAGUACUUUUAUUGGGAAACAAUCAUAAAUACGGAAAUUUAGUGUCCAUCCCUCCGACACUUCAUAAGCUGGACCUGUCAAAUAACUAUUUUGGUGAAAAAUUACCUUCUCUCACAAACGGUUCGGCUUUAACAUAUUUGGACCUAUCAAAUAACUAUUUUGUUGGAUCAUUACAUAAUUUGGUUUGUUCCAACGGGGUGAACACGAUCGAGUUGGUUCAUUUGGGACAUAAUCAGUUGUCGGGUGUUAUUCCGGAGUGUUGGGAGAAGUGGUCGAGCUUGAAAGUCUUACUCUUAAGUGAAAAUAAUUUGUCUGGUGAGAUUCCAAGAACAUUGGGCUCUGUACCUUUGUUGCAAUUAGUGUUCAUGGGUUGGAACAUGAUUUCAGGAAGCUUACCUUCUUCGCUAACGAAUCUGUCAUACUUAAAGAUCCUUGAACUUGAAAAUAAUAAUCUUGCAGGAAUCAUUCCACCAUGGAUUGGAAUGAAACUCACUAUGUUGAAAAUUCUCAAUCUUAGAUCCAACAAUUUUUACGGAAAUACUCCUAACCAGCUAUGUUAUCUUUCACAUGUUCAAGUACUGGAUCUCGCUCAUAAUAACCUCUCAGGAAAUAUUCCUAGAUGCUUCAACAACUUUAGUGUGCUUUCGGGCAAAGAAACUAAUUUAGAGGUUCAAUUUUCAUUCACUUUUGACGAUGUUAUUUUUACUGUUUAUGAUUUAUUGGUGAUGAAGGGACGAGAAGACACUUAUGGAUCUAUCCUAGGACUAGUCACGCUUUUGGACCUUUCGAGCAACAAUUUGUCUGGGCAGAUCCCUAGAAGAAUUCCAAUAGGUACACAAAUUCAAAGCUUCAAUGAGUCCAGUUUCAUUGGAAACAAACUUUGUGGAGCUCCACUAACUAAUGAUUGUGUUCAUGUUGACAAACCUGAUACAACAAGCGACCAAAAAGAAGACGGUGGAUCACACAAAGUAGAUUGGGGGUUGAUUAUUAGCAUAGCGCUUGGAUUUAUUAUUGGGUUUUGGGGCAUUGUGGUUUCAUUAAUGCUCAAUAGAUCAUGGAGAAUCACAUAUUUCCGUCUCUUGAGGAAAUUGAUCAAGGUAUAAGGUUUAUGAUGUUAUGCAUAAGUAUUAUUGUG